GCGAUGCCGGACCAGAUCUCCGUGUCGGAAUUCGUGGCCGAGACCCAUGAAGACUACAAGUCGCCCACCGCUUCCAGCUUCACCACCCGCACUGCCCAGUGUCGGAACACGGUGGCGGCCAUCGAGGAGGCUUUGGAUGUGGACCGGAUGGUUCUUUACAAAAUGAAGAAAUCUGUGAAAGCUAUAAACAUCUCUGGCCUGGCUCAUGUGGAGAAUGAAGAGCAGUACACCCAAGCACUGGAGAAGUUUGGUGGCAACUGUGUGUGCAGAGAUGACCCAGACUUAGGAAGUGCGUUCCUGAAGUUCUCAGUGUUUACAAAGGAAUUGACGGCCCUUUUCAAAAACCUGAUUCAGAAUAUGAACAACAUAAUCUCCUUUCCUUUGGACAGUUUGCUGAAGGGUGACCUAAAAGGAGUUAAAGGGGAUCUUAAAAAACCUUUUGAUAAAGCUUGGAAGGACUAUGAAACAAAAAUAACCAAAAUAGAAAAGGAGAAAAAAGAACAUGCCAAACUCCACGGAAUGAUUCGUACCGAAAUAAGUGGGGCCGAAAUUGCUGAGGAAAUGGAAAAGGAGAGGAGGUUCUUCCAGCUACAGAUGUGCGAGUAUCUGCUGAAGGUCAAUGAAAUUAAGAUCAAAAAGGGAGUGGAUUUACUUCAGAAUCUGAUCAAAUAUUUUCAUGCCCAGUGCAACUUUUUCCAAGAUGGACUAAAAGCCGUUGAAAGCCUCAAACCGUCCAUUGAAACCCUCUCCACAGAUCUUCACACGAUCAAACAGGCCCAGGAUGAAGAAAGAAGGCAGUUGAUACAGCUUCGAGAUAUUUUGAAAUCAGCAUUACAAGUUGAACAGAAAGAGGAUUCACAAAUUCGCCAGAGUACAGCCUAUAGUUUACAUCAGCCUCAGGGAAACAAAGAACACGGAACAGAACGGAAUGGCAACCUCUACAAGAAAAGUGAUGGGAUCCGGAAAGUAUGGCAGAAGAGGAAAUGUUCUGUUAAAAAUGGUUUUCUGACCAUAUCCCAUGGGACUGCUAACCGUCCUCCUGCAAAGCUCAACCUGUUAACAUGCCAAGUAAAGACAAACCCUGAGGAGAAAAAGUGUUUUGACCUUAUUUCACAUGACAGAACGUACCACUUCCAAGCAGAAGAUGAGCAGGAAUGUCAGAUAUGGAUGUCUGUGCUGCAAAACAGCAAAGAAGAAGCUUUAAACAAUGCAUUUAAAGGAGAUGACAACACUGGAGAAAAUAACAUCGUCCAGGAACUGACAAAAGAGAUCAUCUCUGAAGUGCAGCGGAUGACGGGCAAUGAUGUGUGCUGUGACUGUGGGGCGCCAGAUCCUACCUGGCUUUCCACCAAUCUGGGCAUCCUGACCUGCAUCGAGUGUUCCGGGAUCCAUCGAGAGCUGGGAGUCCACUACUCCAGGAUGCAGUCCCUGACACUGGAUGUGUUAGGAACAUCUGAGUUGCUGCUUGCCAAGAAUAUUGGGAAUGCAGGCUUUAAUGAGAUUAUGGAGUGUUGCCUACCAGCUGAGGACUCUGUGAAACCCAAUCCAGGCAGUGACAUGAAUGCCAGAAAAGACUACAUUACUGCCAAGUACAUUGAAAGAAAAUAUGCAAAGAAAAGACACACGGAUAAUGUAGCCAAACUCCACAGUCUUUGUGAGGCCGUCAAAACAAGAGAUGUGUUUGGGUUACUCCAAGCUUAUGCUGAUGGUGUGGAUCUUACAGAGAAAAUCCCACUGGCCAAUGGACAUGAACCAGAUGAAACUGCCCUCCACCUCGCUGUCAGAUCUGUGGACCGGACUUCUCUUCACAUUGUAGACUUUCUAGUUCAGAACAGUGGGAACCUGGAUAAACAGACAGGUAAAGGUAGCACAGCCCUGCAUUACUGCUGCCUGACAGACAACGCCGAGUGCCUCAAACUCCUCCUCCGGGGAAAGGCCUCCAUUGAAAUAGCUAACGAGUCAGGAGAGACACCACUCGACAUUGCCAAGCGCCUAAAGCACGAGCACUGUGAGGAGCUGCUCACUCAGGCCUUAUCGGGAAGAUUUAAUUCUCAUGUUCAUGUCGAAUAUGAGUGGCGAUUACUGCACGAAGAUCUGGAUGAAAGCGAUGAUGAUGUGGAUGAGAAAUUGCAGCCUAGUCCCAAUCGGCGAGAAGACCGGCCUGUCAGCUUCUACCAGCUGGGAUCUAACCAACUUCAGUCCAACACUGCAUGUUUGGCCAGAGAUGGCACGAGCCUUGCCAAGGACAAGCAGAGGGGUUUCGUGCCUAACAUCUUGCAGAAUGAGACGUACGGAGCCAUCCUGAGUGGCAGCCCACCGCCCUCCCAGCCUGCACCCCCCACCACCACCAGUGCCCCCCCGCUCCCUCCACGGAAUGUUGGCAAAGUGCAGACAGCCUCCUCAGCUAGCACCCUGUGGAAGACAAACUCUGUAAGUGUGGACGGUGUAAGCAGGCAGCGAUCUUCGUCAGAUCCGCCAGCUGUCCACCCACCGCUGCCCCCUCUUCGCGUGACAUCUACCAAUCCUCUGACUUCCACCCCACCCCCUCCUGUAGCCAAAGCACCUGGCGUGAUAGAAUCCUUGAGCCAGCAGUUGAAGCCGGCACAGCCUGGAAUCCCACAGUGCAAAUCCACACCACCAUCCCUGCCACCGCAGCCACCCAACCGCCUCCCGCAGAAGAAGCCGACUCCCGGAGCCAACAAGUCGGCCCCACUGAUCAGCAAAGGCCAGCCAAGAGGACCUGCUGUGGAUCCCUCUGGAACAGAAGCUCUGGGUCCUCUGUCAUCCAGCACAUUGGUCAUGCAGCCCCCAGCGCCCAUGCCCCGGAAGUCACAGAUAACAAAAUCAAAGCCAAAAAGGGUGAAGGCCCUUUAUAACUGUGUGGCCGACAAUCCAGAUGAGCUGACCUUCUCCGAGGGAGAUGUGAUUGUUGUGGACGGGGAAGAAGAUCAAGAGUGGUGGAUUGGCCAUAUUGAAGGAGAUCCCAGUCGCAAAGGAGCAUUUCCUGUAUCAUUUGUGCACUUUAUUGCUGACUAA